AUGAUUGAUUAUUAUUCUGAAUUAUUUCCAUUUAUAUGUCAACUUUAUAAAGAUGAAUUUCAAUUAACUAAAACUUUAUUAUCAAUAACAAUUAAUGCAUCAUCAUGUUCAACAUUAAAAUUACUUGAUGCAGCACAAACAGUACUUUAUUAUAAAUUCAUUCAUAAUAAUGAUGAAACACAAUUUGAAGCAUUUUAUGAACUUAUUAAACUAAUUUAUGAAACAUUUAUAACAUCAUUAACAAUUGAUUCAUUAAUACCAUUUAUAUAA